AUUAUUAUAGGAUGCAAUGAUGUUAUUUAAUCGUGAUGAAGUAGGCUUGUAAAGUUCAGCAGAUAUGACAAAAAAGGGCGAGGAGGCGACAAAGGAACUGACAUUGGUGGACAUUAAAUCUAUCACUCAACAGACCAGCUUUGAGGGUGUGACAUACCUGAACUUGUAUGGGUGUGGUCUGAAUGACAUCACCUCAAUCUCCUCCCUGAGGUCACUGACGGUAUGUCUUAUAGCUAACAACUACAUAACAGACCUGACUCCAGUCCUUAGGUGCAGGAACCUCUUUAAACUUGAUGCCAGCACUAACAAGAUAAGUACAUUACCAAAAUGUGACGACUGGACUAGGAUGUUAUCUCUAAAAAUCCUAUAUCUCCAUGACAACGCUAUAAGUAAAUUGUCGCUCUUCAGUGAACUUGCAGGAUCCCCAGAAUUAACAGUGUUGACAUUGUUUGAUACCCCAGUCAGCCUUACCAAACACUACAGACACCACGCAGUCAAUACCAUCUGGAGCCUCAAGUGUUUGGAUCAGCUGAUUGUAAGUGAUGAAGAAGUUAUAGAAGAUGCUAAGUUCAGUAAGGAUAGAUUCUGUGCGUAUCAUCCCGACCUCAGGAUUGGGCAUCUACCUUACAUCACCAAGGAUUUGACAGAGAGUGAAGCAGUUGGUCAGAGUUUGAGAACAUUAAAAGUGGUGGAAGGAAUCCUCCGCAAGCAUUCUCCCGUCAUUAUAAUCCAGCGUGCCUGGCGUCAGAAACUCAACAAACGCCGACAAGCCGAGCUCAGGGAGCUGAGGCACUGGGCAGCAGUAUGCUUACAGCGGUAUUGGCGGAUGAAGCACAACAUCCCUCAACUAAAGGGUGUACCGCCACCCCACACAGAUAUCUACUCACCACUUACACACAGUGAACCGAGCCGACCACCUUCAACUGCCCGACCGCGAUCAUCACCUUCACAACAAGAAGAUGACCGAGAGAAGACUCCUUUCCGAAUCAGUUCUGCUAGACUUUUGGAGAGUAUCGCAGCUAAAACUUCGUUCAACAAAGUUUGGGGCGCCGUCCCUUUUACUGCCGGAUUGGAGGGAAAUGUAUUUAUCAAGCAUUCAGAAAAAGUAACAGACGCACUAAAGCAAGAACAAGAAGCCGCAUUGCAGAAGACGGGAGAAGACGAUGACCUGUUUUUGGUGGCUGAGAGAACGUCUCUGAGAGAACCGGAGACCUUUAGAGAUGUGGUCACUAGUUGCAGGGAGGCGGGGAGAGUUGUGAGGGAGGCCGCUAAUCAUUACAAGGAAAUUCAGAGAUAUAGACCAAAAACUGUGAAAAAAGAGGUUAAACCGAAGGCGACAGCUAGCAGUAACUCUCAGAGGCUCUUCAUGAAACUUCAGGAUUCAAUGGCCUUAUCUUGUUUAAAGGCUGUACAGCAGGCGUACAAGAAUCGGGCUCAAGUUGAAGGGCAAGCUGCUAAAAUGGAUCAGGUUCUCCUUCAACGGCAUCAACAUAAGGUUAUGCUAGCAAGAGUAGAUGCGAUAAAGAACGCAUCCCGUAUUGAAGCUCUUCAUCAAAGGGAGAUAGAUGAUACCAAACUUAGAGAUAAUCAUUACAGACUCCAUGAGCAGGAACGAAAGGAGAUGAUGUCUGUCCUGAAGAAAAGAGGUGAUGAUGUGAAAAAGAAGAAAGACCUCAAGCAGUACAAGCAGUUCAUGACAGAUUUCUGUUGUCAGAACGCGUCUCUUUCUAAAGCGCUAGCUCGUCAUGAUAGGCGGACUAUAAAAGAUGAUCAUGCAUCAGCCUCACAGGAUAAGGUCGGUUUACUGAGAGACACAAACAUUCGAGCUCGGCGAACUGUACAAGAAUAUCAAGACUUUGUGAAGCUCAGAAGACAGGCCGAGGCACAGUACGAUCGAGCUCAGAUAAACACAGUGCUUCUAGAAGAGAAGAAACAGAGAGAUUUAGAUGUUCACGACAGAAUCGAUCAGCUAAAACAUCUUAGAGCCAGACCAAUCAUGUCUCCGAUACAACUCCGUCCUAAUACCGAUACCGAUAAGAUGGAGACUCUAAGUGAAACAGAGAUUAUAUCAAACUACAAAUCGUGUAUCGAUCAUGGCGAAAAGAAGACUUUGAUAAAAGGUAAAGCGAUAACACCUGGUAAAUCGUUGGUAGCGGCUCAGGACACUCCACCCAAAAACUUUGGAUUUAUCAGGUUCGACUUAUCCCUUCCCGGUGCGGGAGAUUCCCUGACCACCUCCAAGACAACAGUAUCCGCUACGGAUCACACUCCUCCUAAGCUGAACAGACUGUUUUUGAACGAGUGCUCCCAAUUUCCUACCACGCCGAUAACUGCUUCCCACGAGAGGGACUUGGUCAUCUAGCAAUCAGCAGGCAACAGAUCACAGGAAGUCACAGAAACAGAUAUAUACCCACUCUUCGCUGGAGAUACAAACCUCUCAGAACCACAUUCACUACCCUCAGUACCUCAUCAAUCUACUAUUUCUACUCCUAAAGACCCGAACAUUCCUCAACUUGAGGGUCCGGGACCUUCAACUUACGGAGAUUUGUUAGCGUCCGCUUCUCAGAUCAGUUUAGAUGAUAUUGUAUGCGAGGGGGUGGAUCCUGAGAUCGAGGGGUAUCAGAGACUUUUUAGCAAGAAGUUCAAGAAGAUUCCCCCAAUUCACUGGAGAUAGUGAGUUUGUGUUUCUACAGUGAGAGUUUAUAAACUGUUACAAGGGUAUUAUAUAAUGUAAAGGGGUUUGUAGAGAGCUAGAGAGCGCUUUGUAUGGUGAGUUGUGCGAAUAUAAAAUGCUUUGUCAGGAAAGUUUGAUAUUGAAGGAUUGAGUGGUAUAGCUUGAUGUCGGAGUUUACCACUGUAAAGCUUGGUUAAUUCAAAAUGGAUGACUGUACUGUGAUUGGGUCAAAGCUUUCUUUGUGGAGACUCAUUUCACGAAGGCAAGAAGUGGCCUCGCAGACAACUUUGUAAUACCAUUAUACAAAUUUGCUCUCACUUUCUCUGAAAAUUAUGGAGUGAUCUGUUACUCUACGUACCAUAACCCUUUGUGUUAGGUUUAAUAUACCUUGCUCUUCUUCGUACAGCCAUCCAUUUUGAAUGAGAAAUGAUCGUAUUCGGCUUGGAUUUGCGAAUUGAGUUUGUUUGAUAUUUAUGUAAGUGCCCAACUUCAUGGUAGUGAAAGAUUGUAGUUGCAUGAGUUUAGUUAAACAACGUUUAACGUAAGAUAUGCAUGGGAUGAAAUAACUGAUUAGCUUAUUUAAUUU